AUGGCCAAGCUCCAGAUCGCCACCGAUAGGAGUGCAGCGGGAGUGCUUGUGUCAGACGUGAAAGGCAGAGAUAUUAAAAUCGAUUCCUAUACAUUGUCAUUCCAUGGUCGUCUGCGGCUCAUCGAGGGUGCAGAAACUACGGACAGCGCUAUGUCUACCUUCCUCCAAUCCAUCGCAGAGCGCGACAUUGGGGGUUCCACCACACAUUCACAUCUACCUCCUCCGUUGAAACUCGAAAAACGCAUCAAAAAUCCCAGCAUCGCAGAUGAUGUUGAUGACGCCGCCGUGGAGGCCGCAUACGAGGAACUCGAGGAGAUGGAUCCAAAUACAUUUAAGACCAGAGAUAGCAGUAUCCUCCAUGGUCUUGGCUUCAGCCAGGCUCAGAUAUGA